GAAACUAUCAUCAGGUUAACCAGAUCAGUGACCGACUGAAAAACAUCACUGACAUCUACCAAUCAGUUGAUGACGAGAAAAUAAUGCGUGUAUCAGAUUUUGAUUUCCUAAUGGUUCUUGGAAAGGGGAGUUUUGGAAAGGUGAUGUUAGCUGAAAAUAAGAGGUCCCCUGGUGAACUGUAUGGAAUAAAAAUUUUGAAGAAGGAUGUCAUUAUCCAAGAUGAUGAUAUCGAGUGUACCAUGGUCGAGAAGCGAGCGUUGGCUAUUUGUGAUAAGCCAUCAUUCUUAGUUCAGCUUCACUCCUGCUUCCAAACUGAGGAUCGGCUGUAUUUUGUAAUGGAAUAUGUGAGUGGGGGAGACCUCAUGUUUCAGAUCCAACAGACCGGAAAAUUCAAAGAGCCUGUGGCCGUUUUUUACGCAGCGGAAAUUGCUAUCGGGUUGUUCUUCCUUCACAGUCAAGGGAUAAUUUACAGAGACCUCAAGCUUGACAAUGUACUUUUAGAUGAAAACGGUCACAUCAAAAUAGCGGAUUUUGGAAUGUGUAAAGAGGGAAUUUUAAACAAUCAAACUACGAGAACGUUUUGUGGAACUCCUGAUUAUAUAGCACCAGAGAUAAUUCUGUACGAGCCGUAUAAUACGUCAGUCGACUGGUGGGCCUAUGGAGUUCUUUUAUACGAAAUGCUAGUUGGUCAGCCUCCCUUCGAUGGGGAAGAUGAAGAAGAGUUGUUUGCUUCCAUCAUUGACCAGAACGUCUCUUACCCAAAGUUUUUAUCAAAAGAAGCCAAGGAUGUCUGCAAAGGAUUUUUAACGAAAACUCCUUUCAAGAGAUUGGGAUGUGGGCCUACUGGAGAAGAAGACGUUCGUAAUCAUCCCUUCUUCAGGAGGAUAGAUUGGCAGAAGAUUGAAGAUCAAGAAGUUCAACCUCCAUUUAAACCUAAGAUU